ACAUCGAAACUGAUGUCCGUCUAGUGAAGCAUCAGAAAAAUGAGUUCAUAAUGAAAGUGGGAAAACACACGGCGUCUGUCAACUGUCGCAACAAACGAGAGGGCAAACAGAGGGCCGCGCAGGCGAUCCUUAAACUACUUCACCCGCAGAUCACAUCCUGGGGUUCACUCCUCAGACUCUACGGUCGCGGCUCUUGUAAAACACCCAAAGAGAAAAAGGAAGAGGAGCAGAAGAUAACGGAGCUCCAGAACACUGCGUGCGCUAAUCGACCCAAUUAUGCCAUUCUUAACAAAUUGAAGGAAGAAAUGCUCAAAUUGAGAGCAACUAAUAAUCAAAACUCCAAUUCAAAUAAAUUAAUGCUUGAAAACGAUUCAAAUCGGUCGCCAAACCUGAAGUGUGUGGACCUGUGAGUGAUUGCUCCCAACGAUCAAAGCACUGCCUCUUAGUCUCGCA